AUGCCUUCAAAAAUUUGUAUGUGUUGUAAUAAAUCGUUUAAAACCAACUUAAUGAUUCAAUGUUCGGUCUGCAAUAGACAUUAUCGACAUGCUUGUGUUAACAUAACAUCUGAGGAACUCCGUGUCCUGAGUGAUCCUGAUAAAGGAUAUAAUUGGUCUUGUUCAAGUUGUAGAGUAAUUGGAAAUCAAAUAAGCGAUAUGAAAAAAUUAAUUAUAUCACUUCAAAAUGAUAUUCAAGAGUUGAAAGCUGAAAAUGUGAAAAUACAACCUAGUUCACAGCAUAUGGAUUUAGAAGAAGUCAUCGAGGAACUUAACGACAGAAAUAGACGCAAGCAAAAUUUGGUCAUCUUUGGAGUUCCAGAUCACAGUCAACAGGGUGAAGUCGCUGAUGAUAAACUGGAGGUCAGCAAUGAAGAAAAAGAGAACAUCCCUUUAAGUUCAACAUCAAAACGUUCGUCGAGAUCGUCAUCUAGUAGUUCCAGUUCGUCUUCUAGCGUCAACAGUAGCAGUUCGUCAUCUUCUAGCAGCAGCUCUUCCUCUCGAUGUUGUUCACUGGAACAAGGACGAUUUGUUUCCCAUAUCUUAAAAGGUAAAGAAAUUGAAGCCCAGCCUCAGUCUUUAUUAUCUAGAACUACUUCACCUUCAAUACUAGAAUCCGUAAUUUUAACACCACGAACUCCAGCUGUACAUUACCGUAUAUCGCCAAUGAAUUCAGAAGAGAGUGAUGCUGAUAUUAGUGACAAUGAUCCCACUUAUAAUGAACAUCAAGGUAGAAAACGUUCGCCAAGCUCAUCUUCAAGUUCCUCUGAUGAUGGUACUUCUGAAGUAGUUGCAACAUCGCCCAGGAGAUCGAAGAAACGUAAAGCUGAUCCUACUAAAUGGAAGCAAAAUAACCAAAAGAUAAAACGAAAUGCAGGAGAACAAUACAUUUCUACUAAGACUAGAAACGUUGUUCCUGCGCGUCAAAUGAAGAGUCCAUGCAAUCAGAAAUGCAGAUUGAAAUGCAGCGAAAAUUUUGAUGAGGCUAAAAGACUUUAA